CAGAUUUAAAACUUUCAUACGAUCAUAUUCAUUGAAUGAAGUUUCGUCUCUGUAAAUUCUGUAAUACUAUUGAAUACUUAUUUACCAUGUCGCGACACAAAGAAAAUAUUUUUUUAGAGAAAUUUAGCCUUUUAAACUCACAAGAACGCAAUGACGAAGUCAUAAAGUGGUCGUCAAGUUCGUCGAGUGAUUACGAACAAAGUUCAUAUAGUGAACAACAGUGCAAUAACAACAACAGUUUAAAAAGACCGAGAAAACGAAAACGUAAGAAAAAACUAACUAAAAACGUGUCUAACUUAGACGUUACAAUCAUAGAUGCAUCUAAAAGUAACAACUGUAGAGAAAAAUCACCAAUUUUAAUGAAACAAUGUAUACAAUGUCCUUUGUCGCCAAUUCUAACCUCGUCAAAGUUCCCGCCAAAAAAAUCAACAUCACCUAUACUAGGUGUAAAAUCUGUACAGCCAAAGAGCCCUAUAUUAAUGCAGAAGAACCUAUCGCCUAGACAUCCAAAUAAAGUAAGGAAAAAGUUAGCAUACAGCGAAGAUAAAAUUAUAUCUAUGAAUAUUGAAAAUCAACAGGAUUAUCUUCUGAAAACAUCAGACAGAGAUGGCACAGGAACUUUCAUUCAGCCAACACAGUCACAAUCAAAUGAUUUGAGUAUAGAUAAAACAAUAAAUGAAGAUAGUAGAUCUUCGCUGAAAAGUGUGAUCCUAAGUAAUGUCAAGAAUUACUUUAAUAGUCAUUUUAGCUCAGAUAGUGCUUCACAACAUAUAAGUGACACACAAACUCCUGAGGACUGUUCAAAGAGUGACUCAAUAGAAAUAUUGAGCUGUAAAACACAAACCCUAACUAAUAUACCAAUAAUUAAACAAGAAAAUUCAAGUAACUCGGACACAUCAACUUAUUUUGAGAAAAAUAAAAAGCUAAAAUACAAGAAAGGAGGUCUUGCUUGUAGACUGAAUACGCUUUUAAAAAAACAAAAUGCCCAAAUAUCUCUAUGGCAGCAUGAAAAGUUUUUGGCGGGAAAUUGUAACUUUGUAAUACCAAAAGAAGAACAUAAAUUGUUUUGUGUAAAAAGUGUAGAAUUUAAAUAUGGAUGCUAUUUGAUUAAUGCUGUUGAUGUUAACAAUGAUUAUUAUGUUAUUUUUAUCAAUAAUUCUUAUGUAACUAAUAAUAUUUGUACAGAAUCAGUUUUAAAAUUAUAUGAGCCAUAUAGAAUAAGUUCAUUUAGAGAUAGAAAAAUUAUAUUAAAUGUUAUUAAGUUUGAAUCUUUUCUUUUGGAAAACUGACAGUGUAAAAAAAUGAAUUUGAAUAUUGACUACAGUUAUAUUAAAACAUUCUUUGUUUUAUUUUAUGAUUCAAGAAUUUAAUUUGUAUCUUAUUGCUUACAGGGCUUUUUUUAUUAUAGAGUCAUGGGUAAAUAUUGUAGAAUAUUUAAACAUAUGAUUGUACUCAUGAUUACAAACAACUUUAUUACCACAAGCCACAAGCAUUUAGUUCCAAAAUACCUACCUACCUACCUAGUCUUCCUAUAACGCCCGAAAGUUAAUACAAAUAAAUGUUAAAGUUAUCAAAGAAA